AGCUAAAACAACAUUGCGCCACAAUCGUUCCGAUUCAUUCAAUGUGUUUCACGUAGUAGAAUAAACAAAACAGUUCCAAAACCAGAUGGACAAACACGCCAAUCGAUCAACAUCAAUCGGAUAAAUACGAAGCUAAAACUCAGACAGUUUUCUACGAAACGAUUUUGCAGUUCUGAAACAGUUUUUGAUCAUGAAUCACUUCGUAGUUUUUAUUCCAUUGGUAGUAACAUUUGUGACGAGGAUCUUGGCCGAUAGUCCCUCACCGAUGCCCACAGAUUUACACAAGUUAUUCAACGAAACCACGCUUCCAUGCACUCCGCAUGAAGUGGUGAAUCACGCAUGCUACUUCUGCAAGUGCAACUUUCACGGCAACCGCCAGCACUGUGUGUAUACGUGCGAUCCGGAAACCGGUCGUCCCGUGAUGCCUGGAUCGAAAAUGUGCAACGCCAACGACGAAUUCGCCCAGGGUUGCAAACGAUGCCGCUGCAGCAAGGGGGAACUCUUCUUCGAUUGCUUUAUUACGAAUGUGUGCAACGAUGGAAGCGUUGGCGACGAAGAAUUCUAAAUCAAUUAUAUUCUAAUACAUUUUUGUAACAAG